UGGACAUGAAGUUAGAUAUAGCAACUGAAUCACUAGCUGUGAAGGGGGUGCCACCUGACAGUCAGCUGACAAAAGCUUUGGGACGUCAUUGCACUCUCGGCCCCACCAGGCCUCACGUUGUCGCCUAAGCAACCUUUGAAGCUUUGAAGCAUCCCGCUUGCCACUAUCCAGCUGCCUGCAAAUGAUACAACUGAUACAACUUCACAUUUUAAUAUAGGAACUUGACCUAAAAGACCGCCUAUAAACCCUAUAUCGAGCAUCCAACACAGUCGCAUCUCCGAUCCAGAAAACCUCCGACCCCUCCUCAAAAAGAAAAAAGAAAAAACCACCAAGCCGAUCACGAUCCAAACCCCACCACCACCAUGAACCGCCUCUUCGGCAGCGCGCCCAAGGCGCCCAAGCCCACCCUCAACACCGCCAUAUCGAACAUCGACGCGCGCAUCUCCUCCUUCGACGUAAAAAUCGCCUCCCUCAACGCCGAGCUCGGCACGUACCAGACCAAGAUGGCCAAGAUGCGCGAGGGGCCGGGGAAGUCGGCGCUCAAGGCCAAGGCCCUCAAGGUGCUCCAGCGGCGCAAGCAGUACGAGUCGCAGCGCGACCAGCUGCAGUCCCAGGUCUGGAACAUGGAGCAGGCCCAGACCAUGCAGGACAACCUCGCCGGCGUCAUGACCACCGUCGACGCCAUGAAGACCACCCAGAAGGAGCUCAAGAAGCAGUACGGCAAGGUCGACCUCGACAAGAUCGAGCGCAUGCAGGACGAGAUGGCCGACCUCAUGGACGUGGGCAACGAGAUCAACGAGACCCUAAGUCGCGGGUAUGAGGUCCCCGACGACGUAGAUGAAGCCGAGCUGGAUGCGGAGCUGGAGCUGCUGGGUGCCGAGAUGGAGAUGGAGGGGGCGGGCAUGGAGGCAGGCGGCGUGCCUGAUUUCAUGAGGGACGAAGUGCCCGAAUUCAUUGACGAGCCCCCGGAGGCUCACAACAAGGUACAAGAGGCAGCGAGGUGAUAUCACGAGACUAGCGAGCGAGCUUAUUUUACCAGGUAGAUGGAGAAGGGAGUUAUUGGAGUUUACACGGCAAGGGGUUUUGGAAGGUCUCUGUUUUUUACCAUUAUAC